AUGGGGAGAUCCAUCCUCCUCCUCGUCUCCGCUGUCCUCCUUCUCAAUGCUCACCUAGGGUCGUGUGGCUGCUUCAAGCGCAUCUUCAGCUUCGGCGACUCCAUCAUCGACACCGGCAACUUCGCCCAUGCAGCCGGCAAUAAUCCAGGCCCGAUCAUCGAGUGGCCUUAUGGCAUGACCUUCUUCCACCACCCCACUGGCCGCGUCUCUGAUGGCCGUGUCAUCGUGGAUUUCUACGUGCAAGCGUUGGGCCUGCCAUUUUUGCCGCCGAGCAUGGUCGGGGAGGAGGCAGAGCAGUUCCCAACUGGCGCCAACUUCGCCGUGUUUGGUGCUCUGGGGCUGACCCCGGACUACUACAUGCGCCGGUACAACUUCUCGAUGCCGAUGCCUUGGUGCCUCGACAGGCAGCUCGAUUCCUUUAAGAAGGUGCUCGCGCGGAUAGCUCCGGGACCCGGUGCAACCAAGAAUCUGCUGAGAGAGUCCCUGUUAGUGAUGGGCGAGAUCGGUGGCAACGACUACAACUUCUGGUUCUUCAACACUAAGACCAGCAGGGACAGGGAGACGCCCGAGCAGUACAUGCCCGACGUGGUUGCCCGCAUCGGCGCCGGCGUCCAGGAGGUGAUCGGUCUCGGCGCCAAGACGAUCCUUGUCCCGGGGAACUUCCCCAUCGGCUGCGUGCCCCGCUACCUCAGUAGUUUCCGGAGCAACAACCCCGCGGACUACGACGAGUUCCACUGCCUCAGGUGGUUCAACGACUUCUCCCAGAAGCAUAACCGGAUGCUGGUGCAGGAGAUCAACCGGCUCAAGUCGCAGAACCCCGGCGUCAAGAUCAUCUACGCCGACUACUUCGCCGCUGCCAUGGAAUUCGUCAAGAAUCCCCAUAAAUAUGGUAUCGAUGACCCUCUGACGGCAUGUUGUGGUGGCAACGGCCCGUAUCAUACUGGUAAGGAUUGCGACAAGAAUGCCAAGAUCUGGGGCAACCCGGCAAAUUUCGCAAGCUGGGACCAGCUCCACAUGACGGAGAAGGCCUACAAUGUCAUCGCCGAUGGGGUGUUGAACGGCCCGUACGCCGACAUCCCGUUGCUCCACGCAUGCUAG